AUGGAUACGCUUUCGUCUCUACCCCAGGUUGAUAUAAAAGACAAAGGGGAUCAACCUCAUGGAAAUGGGGGAUCGCUCAGGCGGAUACGCGCACAAGCAUCGAAGUGCAAGAUUCCAAGAGGACAAUAUGCACUGAUCGUGCCCAGGAUCCAACCG